UUUUUUCCUAAAACAUCAAUUAUUUAUUGAAUUACUCACCUUCUGAGUACUCCACCCAUCUUAUGAAUAUAAAUAUAGAGCUAUGGCCUUCUCCCCAAGUUGAUCAAAGUCAUCCCUCCAACCUCUCUCUCUCUCUCUCUCUCUCUCUCUCUCACUGACUCGUUUUGGAGUUAAGUUCUGUAGAAAAUGGCGGCGAAACGCUUAUUUAAUGAAUCCGAAUCGUCCAAGGAAGAUGAUCAGCUAGCUGCAGCUGGCGAGAAAAGGAAGAAACCCAGAUAUUCUUUUGCUUCUGUUAUUGGAGAGGUGGUAAUGGUGAAUUCCUUGCAGAACCUUUUCUCAAACAGCUUGGAACCUUUGCUCAGAAGAGUGGUGAAAGAAGAGGUGGAGAAUGGUCUAAACCGAUUUUCUCAAUUAUCUAUAACCAGAUCACCUUCAUUGCGAAUCCAAGCACCGGAGCCUGCAUCAAGUCUCCGACUGAUUUUCAGUAAGAAACUUUCACUUCCCAUAUUCACUGGAAGUAAGAUUGUGGACAUUGAAAACAACCCACUUCAAGUCCUCCUCGUAGACACAAGUGUUACCGGAGAUCAUCAAAUGGGUCUUGUGCAUUUUCCUCACCCAAUCAAAAUAGAAAUUGUUGUUCUUGACGGGGACUUUCCUCUUGGUGAUUGUGAUGCUUGGACUGCUGAAGAAUAUGAUAGCAAAAUCGUAAAGGAGAGAACUGGCAAGAGGCCAUUGCUUGCCGGAGAGGUAACUAUCACCAUGAGGAAGGGAAUCGCUACUAUUGCUGGAGAUAUAGAGUUCACAGACAACUCAAGCUGGAUCCGGAGCCGGAAAUUCAGGAUCGGUGCAAAAGUUGCUCCGGGAAGCAACUCUCAAGGUGUUAGAAUUUAUGAAGCCAUGACUGAAGCUUUUGUCGUCAAAGAUCAUCGUGGAGAAUUGUACAAGAAGCAUCAUCCACCAAAGUUGGCGGAUGAAGUUUGGCGCCUACAGAAGAUUGGGAAAGAGGGAGCUUUCCAUAAGAAGCUGCAAUCUGAGGGAAUUAACAAUGUACAAGACUUCCUGAAAUUGUCCGUUGUCGACCCCCAAAAACUUAGAAGCAUUUUGGGUGCUGGAAUGUCUGAUAAAAUGUGGGAUGCAACACUAAAGCAUGCUAGGACAUGCGUUUUGGGCAACAAAUUGUACGCUCUAAGGGAAAACAACUUUGCCAUCUUCUUGAAUCCUAUAUGCGAAGUUGUUAAGGCUGAAAUUGAUGGGCAACUUAUAUACCCAACGUCGAGGGAUUUGAACAUAAACAUCAACAGGGCCAAUAUUGAGAGCUUGACAAGGGUAGCGUAUGAAAAUUGGAGUUCCUUGCAAGAGGUGGAUGAGACUGCUAACUUACUAACGCAAGGUGAAACGAUCGAGCAAUAUCCCAACCAUCAAGUAGAAGUACUGAGACCAUUUCACCAUGACACGGGGUAUAGCUUCCUUCCCGAAAGACCUGUUGAUCAUCCUAUGGUCAUGUACGGCGGGUUAGGCAGUGGAUCAGUACAGAGUGGGUGCAGUCAUGACUCGGCAAUAGACUAUAACAUGCCAAUUGAAAAUCCCAUUAUCACGAACUAUAGCAAUAUCUCAGAAUCAUCAGAUGGAGAAGUAAUGAAUCCAAAGUCUUUCUUCAGUUACUGUUGAAGAUAUAUAUAUAGAUAGAUUAUAUGCAUAGAUCUCAGGUGCAUGUAUGUGUGUAUAAAAAAUAUACAUAUAUAGGCAAUAUAUAAUAUAUAUAUAGCACCCAAUAAUGAGGUGUGAUCAUGUUGUUAAUUAAUUAGUUUAGGUGCAAAGGGAACCCCCAAAGUGCACAUGCCUUGCGCAUUUUUAUAGUUUAGUAUUCAAUCAGCCGCAGGUUCUGUAAAUUAAUUAAUAUCUAUAUAUUAGUGAAUUGUCAAAUCAGUUUGAAAAGAAAGCAAUGUAACAAAAGUUUGUUCAUUCUUUUUCAUA